CCAUCCUCUGCCACACUCAGCAGCAAAAUGCAGAAGCUGCAGCUUCUCUGCCUCAGUCUCCUGAUGCUGGGAUGUAUCCUGGAUGUGCACGGUGGGAACAACGUCCUCGACUGCUGCCUGCGGACAAAGGACACUCUCAUCCCACGUCGGAUAGUGCAGGAUUACUGGCUCCAGCUUGUGCAGGAUGGCUGCGAUAUCCCGGCUGCCGUGUUCAUCACCACAAAGGGCAAGCGCCUCUGUGCACCCCCACAAGCCCCAUGGGUGCUUCGUCUCCAACAGAAGCUGGAUGCCAGCUUUGCCAGGAAGCCAGCCAUGGAUGCCUCCCUGAGCGUGGAUUCACAGCCCGAGCUCUUGGAGUGGCCUGUGGAUGAGCUGGUGCUCAGCAUAACAUGA